AUGACUGCAAGCGCCCACGGGUUGUCAGAUGCUGCUGCAGUCACGGCUGCAGGUGGUGGCCCACCAAGCAGCACCACCGCAAGCUUUAUCGGGGCAUUGCACCCCUCAGACGACUGCCUCAACAGGGCUUUGCGACUGUGGGCCUUAGUAUCUCCGAAGGCAACAAAGAGACUCGUACGGCUUCUCACAGACGGAGACAGAGCUGCUUGUAGCCGCGUCUGUAAGACAUGGCGAAAAGCUCUUCUGUCCCCCCCGCUCCUUUCUGCUGCCUUUGGGCGGCGCGGUUUUCCUGUAGCCUUCAGGGGUUACUUUUACAGGUGUUCGCUUGUGGAGGAGAUGCAGCAUGAGACCUAUGCAGACUAUCUGGCAGCUUGUGCUGCGGCACCUGCCGCACUUUCCGAAGAGAUUGCAAGGGACUGCCACAGAACAUUCCCUGAGCUUCCUUUCUUCAAGGAUAAGGCAAUGCAGCAGUCCCUGCACCGAGUCUUGCUCGCCUGUGCAUCUCGCCAAGACGGCGUCGGGUACUGCCAGGGUAUGAACUAUUUGGGCGGCCUCUUUUUGUAUGCACUGCAGGAUGAGUUUGAGGCUUACCGAUGUUUCGUCUCCCUUCUGCAGAAAUGGGGUCUGCAGCGCCUCUAUGCUACAGACCUCAUGCCCAUCAAGAGUCUUACAUUUGCCUUUGAGCGUAUCAUGGAGGCAUUUCUACCUCAGCUGCGGGAACACUUCGCCUUCGUGGGUGUCCGCGGAGAGGCAUACUUGCUGCAGUGGUUGCUGCCUGUCUUCGCAGCAGACUUCCCAAUCUCUUUGUCUCUCCGGGUUCUCGACCUGCUGGCCUUGGGAGGCAUGAAACGUCUCCUGCAAGCGGCUCUUGCCCUCCUCGAAGCCAUUCAGGAGCCCCUGCUUUCUAUGGGACCGGAGGAGGCCUUGCCGUUCAUCAUGGCCGCUGCCGCUGCAGCUCCCUUCGCCACUAGCAAAGCAAAGAACCAGCAGCAGAAAACACGCGCUGCGCCUUCUGGCGCUGCACCGCGGUCGCAUCAGCAGAAGACACAGCAACGAGCUCCCCAGCAGGCGCGUGAAGAUAGGCUGCGGCAGCAGCGGAAACAACUGCCGUGGUACCGCCAGGUGUCUUCACCUCGCCGCAGCUGCUCGCAAGAAAUUGAAAUGCAGGAGAAGCGACAGCAUCAACAAAACGUCCGAACACCAGACAGCAGCAGCGAACUGACCCCCGGCGAGGCGUGGCUGCUGCGGCGCAUGCUGCGCUUCCACGUGACAAAUAAAAUGAUAGAAACACUGGAGAGGGUGUUUUCGGAUAACAAAGAUUGCAGGCUUUGCAUCGAGGCAGGUAAAGCUACUGCUACUUCCACUGCGGCAGCAGCAGCAGGUCCUGUCGCAUGCGUAACAAGGUGGAACAAGGUGUCGUAA